AUGGCUUCAUCCAGGCAGCCGACAGCCGUCUUCCUCCUCGUCCACCUCCUUCUCUUCCUCCACGUCGAGACGGCAGCGCCGCCGCCGGCCGCCGUUGUGAGGACGCUCUGUAAAGCCACACUCUACCGGGGGCUCUGCAACCGGCGCAUGUCGAAGCUUCCCCCGUCGGUGACUCGAAGCCCCACCAAACUCGCCGGCGCCGCGGUGGGCCUCGCUCUGGGAUCGGCCGAGUCCGCUUCCGCUCACCUGAAGAGUCUCUCCGCCGCCGUAGGGAAGAAGAGCGGGCGGCUACAGGACUGCGUGGAGAACAUGCGGGACUGCGCGGACCGGCUGCGGGAAUCGGUCCGGGAGCUGGCCCAACUCGGUCGACCCGGCAGCCCCGGGUUCGUGUUCCGAGUGGACAACGUCCAGACUUGGGUCAGCGCGGCGCUAACCGACGCGGACACUUGCCUGGGGGAGCUGCCGCCGGCGCCGGCGGCAGCGGAGAAAGUCAGCCACGCCAUGCAGAUGACGAGCAACGCGCUGGUCUUCGUCAACAGCCUCGCAGCCAAGAACUGA